CCUUUCGGAACUCAAUUCUAUAUAUAUAUUUUUAGAAAUUUCGGCAGUAUUUUCUCCUUUUUUCGUGUAGCUUGAGCAAUCCCAUACCAAAUCAACAUGUUUGGAUACACGUGCUAUCCUGGUGCCUGCAUUGGACCUUGCGGUGGUUGCGCACCAAGUGGGUUUUAUGAUUGCUGCUUUGGACCAUACCAGGGACCCUUCAAUACGUGGUGCGGCCCCAGUGGUCCGGGAUUCUGGAGUGGACGAAUGUGUUAGUGGCCUCUCUUGCCAAUUCAGACAAGUAUGGGAUCUCAGUUGCAGACGAACUCUAGGAGAAGUGCUUUUAGCUACUUGUCACUAGUAGCUUUCAAAAUGAUGUUAAUAGAAAAUAGCUUUCUAGAUGCUUUUCACUAUACCUAAAAUAUGUUCCAUAAACUCAUUAAAAAUCAUCUAGUAUCUAUUUAAAACGAGA